AUGUGGGGAAGGAUUACAGAGUCUUUCAGCAAGGUCAAGAAGAAGGCUGAUGAGGUGGCGAGUUCUGUACAGUCGAGCACCGCUUUAUUCUCGCGGGCUCGUGAUGUGCUGCUGACGUUUGGGGGAGGCAGUGAGACAGCAGCAGCAGCAGCAGCAGCAGCAGCAGGAUUCGCGGGGCUCACGGCGGAGCAGCUGCUCCUGCUGCUGGAAGAACGAGCAGCAGAUGUCAGGACCAUAGAAGAAGUGCAGCAACUGCUGCACGUAUGGACUACUUUGCUGCAGCACGACGAUGACCCAAAUGCCCCACGCUUCCCGUCUGGUGACUUGGAGCAGCAGCAGCAGCAGCAGCAGCAGCAGGAAGCAGCAGGCAGCGGCUCAGCUGCUGCAGGCCAUCCCGGAAGCCAGCAGCAGCAGCAGCGCGUUUGCAGCGACUUCGCUCGACAGAUUUUAAGCGAGAAGCAAAUGCUGACGGAGCUGCAGCUGCCUCAAGAACUCCUUAGCUCAAACUUUGGCUUUGCAGAGGUGCUGUUUCGUUCUGCAGGGCCCCAGCUGCUGCUGCGGUCCAUUGCUAAGCGGCCGCAGCUGCGGGCAGUUUUCCUCUCCAAAGCGCAGCAGCAAAUUCAUCUCAUUCAGCAGCAGCAGCAGCAGCAACAGCAACAGCAGCAGCAGCAGCAACAGCAGCAACAGCAAGGGGGAGAAGAGCACGCGAUCCCGCAGCAGCCACCACCGCCUCCCGCUGGGUCUCCGCAGCAGCCGCAACAGCAGCAGCAGCAACAACAGCAGCAACAGCAGCAACAGCAGCAGCAGGCAGAAGGUGAGGAUGCUCCUGCAUUGCAAUUUGCUGCAGCAGCAUCUGUUUUUCAUGAAGACGCGUCGGACAAGACGGAUGUGCUGUUCCAGCUGUUGCUGCUGCUGCUGCAGCAGACGCUGCUGCUGUCAUGGACUCAGGCCCUGCGGCUGCUCCUCGCGCUGCUGCUCUCUGCUGCAGUUGUUGCUGAGACAGAGGCUGCACUGAGGAGACUUCGGGAGCAAGCUGCACUCCAGCAGCAGCAGCAGCAACAGCUGCAGCAGCAACAGCAGCAGGAACAACAGCAGCACGGACCCUUGGGGGCUGAUCGGACGAAGAGAGACGACGGAGAGGAAGGUGAAGCGCUGCAGCAGCAGCAGCAGCAGCAGCAGCAGCAGGAAAAUGGAAGCGAUGCCUCUAGCAGCACAGUCAGCUCUGCUGCUGCAGGUGCUGCUGCUGCUGCUGCUGCUACUGGAGCAAAUGCAACGCUUGAGGGUUUCAUGGAGGAGGAGGAGCCAUUGCUGCAGGACAUGUCUGUUGCUGCUGCUCGCGGUGUAUCUGCUGCUCUUGCUGCAGCAGCUCUGCUGCAGCGGCGGCAGCAGCUGCAGCGACUCAAUUACCAGGUGUCUCGGCUGCAGCAAGAUGCUUCUGUACUGGGCAGGAAGAUUGAGAGUUGUGAUAUGCCUUUGGCCGAAGAUGCAGAUGCUGAGAAGCUAUUUGUCCCGCAGAACAUGCGGCUGCGAGCGAGCAGUCGGUUGCUGCAGCAGACGGUGCUGCUGCAGCAGCUAAAGAAGCAGCAGCAUGAGCUCCUACCCAAAGCAGCAGCAGAGGCUUUGGAGGGCAUAAAGUUGCUGCAGCAGCAGCAGCAACAACAGAUGGCUGUCUGGCAGCAGCAGCAGGAGGCGUCCGAUGCCUUUUUGAACAAGCUACGUAGACACAUGCAGGCGUCAGCUGAAGAGCUCGUCUCUCGAGCAGUUUCGUUUGAAUCCCGGCGAAGUGCAGCGCAGCAGAAGCUGCAGCAGCUGGAGGAGAAGCGGUUUUCGCUGCAGCAGCAACUAGAGAACUGCCUUGCUGAGAUUGGGGCAGCAAAGGAGACUUUGAGGGCAGCGCACGCUGCAGAGGAGCAGCUGCACCGGGAGGUGCAGCGCGAGCAGAGCAGCAGCAAGAAGCUGGAGCGGAGACAGAAGGAGCAGCAGCAGCAAUGGAAUGUGACGAGAGACAGUUUGCUGCUGUUCCAGCAGGCAGCAAACGAUGCAGCAGCAGCACAUCGAGAAGCAGCAGAAGUCUCUGCUGCUGUCGCUGAAGCGGACGCAAAAGAGCUAGAAAACUCUCUUCUUACUUUAGUUUGCCGACAUUUUGCUUUUGAAAAGAAUCGCGUGCAGCAGCAAGCAGCAGUUUUGCGGCAGUGCAUGCGUAGUCUUGACCAGCAGCAACAGCAACUGCUGCUGCUGCAGCAGCAGCGGGAGCAGGUGCAGCGGGAAGGCGAAUGCGGAGACGGGCUGACAGAUUACGAGCUGCAGCUGCAGCAAGAGGAGGAGGAGCAGCAGCUUCAGCUGCUGCACAAACAGUUCAUUAAAGGCAUGCAAAGGCUUAGAGUUGCCUUUGAAGAGUCGCAGAACUUUUUACAGGCGCAUGCAGAUACACUGCAAGAGGCGCUGCAGCAGCAGCAACUGAUGCUGCGGCACAAGCAGCAGCAGCACAACAACCCCCCUUCCCCAUCAUCCACAGCUGCUACUACUACUGGGGACGCCCAAGAGCAGCAAGAAGCAGCAGAAGCAGCACGCGCUGCACUCAGGGAGAUCGCUGCGGUGUACAUGCAGGUGCAGCAGGAAGCUCAGCCUUACCUCCACCGCAUCCAAGCGGAGAUGUCUGGGGAGAAGCCUCGUCAAGGGCAACCAGCAGCAGCACCAGCAGAAGCAGCAGCACCAGCAGCAGCACCAGCAGCAGCAGCAGCAGAUAGCAACGAUGGAGUAGUCGACAAAUCCGUUGCAUGGUUGGCAUCCAGCGGUAAUGGGGAGAAUUUUCUCACGUCACCAGCAGCAGCAGCAAAAGCAGCAGCAGCAGCAAAAGCAGCAGCAGCAGCAGCAGCAGCAAAACCUGGGGAGGGCCUUCAGUUCUUCACUCUCGAUGCGGAUAGCGGCCCCCCGACUCCAGAGCUAGAGCCUGUUCCUGCUCCAGGUGAGAAGAAGCAACUCGGCGAGGGGAAUGCUGCUGCUGCUGCACCUGCUACUCCUGCAGCGCCUGCUGCAGCGGUAGAGAACCUUAAGGGUUCUGUGUAG